AGUAAUCAAACAAGAAACCAAAAGGCAAACAACAACACAAGUCUCGCUGUCUUUGUCUCUUAACCUCCAGAACAAUGGCUUUGGCUCGUCUGGCUUUGAAGAAUUUGAAGCAAAAGCUGUCGUCGACUUCAUCUUCUCUGUUGGCUCAUAAUCUUGGAGGGAAAGGUGUCGGCGGAGUACUGCAAAGGCAGAGGUGGGGUGAUGAGACUCUGAAGAGGUUCAUGGUGACUGCCACUGAUAAGGUCUCUGACGAGAAAAAAGAAGGCAAAGAGGUUGCUGUCUCUGAAGGAGGAAAGAAGUCUAGGCUGUUCCCACGGAGGAGGAACAGGAGGAGUCUCUGGAAUUGGAGGAAUGAUCGUGACUUCGUUCCUUCUCUUUAUGAAUUCUUCCCUUCGGGUCUUGGAAAUGCAUUGCUGCAAGCCACAGAGAACAUAAACAGGCUAUUCGAUAACCUCAACUUGACACCUUCACAACUCAUGGCACGAGUGAAAGAGGAAGACAAGUGCUACAAGUUACGCUAUGAUGUUCCAGGGUUGAGCAAGGAGGAUGUCAAGAUCACCGUGGAUGAUGGUGUCUUGACCAUAAAAGGAGAGCACAAAGAAGAGGAUGAAGAAGCAUCCGAUGAUGAGUACUGGUCAGCGAGGAGCUAUGGAUACUACAACACCGGCCUUGUGUUGCCUGACGAUGCAAAAGCAGAUGAUAUUAAGGCAGAGCUGAAGGAUGGUGUGCUUUCCGUUAUCAUUCCGAGGACUGAGAAGCCUAAAAGGGAUGCAAAGGAAGUGAAAAUCCAUUGAAGCCAAAGAUUGUAUUUGAGUGGAUUGAAAGGGGAAACAGGAGUUUGUAAAAAGCCUUUUGAAAUAAUGAAUCAAUUCACUGAGU